AUGGCUUUCAUAGAUUUCAAAAAGGCAGAGGAGGUGCAGGAGUACCUGAAAAAUCUGCACACGGAGUACAUGUUCAGCUGCAACAGCGAAAAGAACGCAGAAGGCUGUCAUCUUUUGGGAGACUACACAGAAGCGAUUCUAAACAAUCCAGAAGAAGCUUAUGCGCUCUACAAAGAAAACUGCAACUUACGACAGCACCCAAAAAGUUGUUACAAGUAUGGACGCUAUUUGCUGCGUGGGAAAUUUGAAAAAAUUGACGAAGACCGCGUGUAUGAUUUAAUGACCCUCGCCUGUGACAAAGACUGGUAUAUUGCAUGCCCAGAGCUGGCCCUUUUGUUGUUGAAAGGCACGAAGAAGCAUGCGGUUGAUGUACCUCGUGCAUUUGAACUGUUGGAAAAGUCUUGUGAAGCUGAAAUAGUCGAGUCUUGCUUUUGGCUUGACAAGAAGUUUACAUCGGGCUACCGAGAAAUAAAGCCAAACUUUGAAAAGGCAUUCAAGUUUGCAAUGAAGUCAUGCUUACUGGGCCUCCCUCAAGGUUGUGACAGUGUGAGUCGUCACUAUGAGCACGGAGAAGGCAUCCAGAAAGACGAGGAAAAGGCUAGGCAGUAUGCCGAUUUAGCCGCACAAAUUAGAGAAGAAAUGAGAAAAUCGAUUCCUACCGGAUUGUCAGGCUGA